CAGACAAACCAAGGAGGGUUAGUUCGGGUCUGUUCGUUUCACUAACUGAGGUUGUUUGGUUCAGUCGCUGAAUGCAGUGAAAAGUUUACACAGCUCAUCAGACAGUCGCUGGUUUCGUGGGCCGAGGAACAACUGAGCUGACGGAUGAGCGGACAUUGUUGUUGUUUUUCUCAGGUGUGACUGGCAAUAGGUGUAGGCAACAAAAGUGCCUGCUCCUUUGUAAACAACAGAGAUUUGAGAUGAAGAUACCGGACGUGAUUCAAGUCCUCCUUUUGGUCCAAAUCCCUGCGGCCUUUUUCAUCACUGCUGUGUUGGCUCAGUCUGACAGCAGCAGUGUGGUUGUUGCGGGCUACAACGUGAGCGCCCCCACUGGCUCUAGGGUGGUACUGCAGUGUGUGAGCGGGCGCAUGGUGUGGACCAGGGACAGUCUGAAGGACAGACAGAGGGUGGUCCACUGGGACCUGUACCGCCCAGGGCCAGACUAUGCCAUGGAGAGGGUGGCAGACAUGUUCUCUGCUGGAGACCAGCGCAUCUAUAAUGGACACAACCAGGGGAGGGUCAGCCUCAGCCUAUCAGCUUUCAACGACGGAAACUUCUCUCUCGUCAUCAGAGACAUUGCGAUAAGUGACCGAGGCCUGUACUCCUGUAACCUGCACCAUCACUACUGUCACCUGUAUGAGACGAUCAGAAUACAGGUCAACGUCACCAAGUCACGUCGUAAGGAGCAGCGGUUCUGGGACGGUCAGAAAGCUGUGUUUGUGGUGUUGGUAGGCAGCACGGUGGUGUUGCCGUGUGUGAAUCGCCGCUCUGUGUGGACAGAAGAUGGCGGUGAGGAGGAACAGCAGGUGGUGCAUUGGGACCGGCAGCCUCCGGGUGUUCGUCACGACCGUGCAGACCGUCUGAUAGACCUGUAUGCCUCUGGGGAGCAGCGCAGCUACGGACCCCUGUUCCUCCAGAGGAAGAUGAACAUCAGCGCUGAGUCCUUCUCACAGGGAGACUUCUCUCUGGCUAUCUCUGCCCUGCAGCCAGGAGAUCAGGGUCUGUACACCUGUCACCUACAUCAUCACUACUGUGGUCUUCAUGAGAGAAGACAGUUUCAGCUCACCGUAGGACCACCUGAGCCUCGGGCUACUGUUGCCCCCAGAGCACUGCCCAACCAAGACAAGGAGGAUAGCAAGGCUGAGGCACCACGUGUCAUCAACGUCAUCCUGCCCGAUCAGCGACAUCAUUUCCUGCUGCCCCUGGGCUACAUUCUGACUACGCUCCUCCUCCUGGCCUUCAUUGUGCUUAUCAUCAUCAUCUUUACCCACCGACGCAAGACUAAAGCGGAGUUUUACCCACAGACAUCUUUGAGAUCCAACAGGGGCGACAUGGCCACCAAUGAGUUUGAGAUGGACGUUCCUGAAGUCAAGACGUGCAACCAGGAGGAGAAGAAACUAGACUACAAAAACAACCUGCUGAGGGAGAAGGUUCAAAUGUCCACCCUGCCCAAAGUCAUCGACCUGGACAAAGAGAUGGAGAAGGUGUAUUGGAAAUGAGAGGGGAGUCAGCUUGCUGCUGGCUGGUCCAGAGGCAGACGCUACAGACACAGGUUGCAUUCCAAACCAACCCCUAGGCCCUCUGCUACUGGUGUUUCAGUGUACUGUAGGGAUGUCCACUCUACUCCACUAGUCCCACCUCUACAUUCCACCUCCAGCCUCUCACCCACAGUUAGACCCUUCACUCACAUUUGAUAACCACAAUGUGAUUGUAAAGCUUACUGUAUGCUUCACAGGUGAAACAGUUUGUGCAUAUAUUAUGACGAAAUGUUGUGACGUUUUUGUUCGUUUUGAUGUUCGGCAGGUUCAUGCACACAAAACAUUUUCUUGAGGCAAGUCAAAGUUCGGUAGUCGAAGUCUAUACCCUUUUGUCGGGGAUUGGUCAACUGUACUACUCCUAGUAGGAGUGGGAACUAUGGAAGGGAUUCUUCAAAGAAGUGUUUGUUGUCAUUCAACGAGAGACAACUCGUUUUCAUGCACAUUUUUUCACGCGAGUAAGACCUCCUCGGCCAAAACGUCAAUUUAUUACAGAUUUCUGGAUUUAUCUUCGAUUAAUUCUGACUAUUUUGAGGAAGUGUAUACUGGCUAUGUUGUUGCUUCAGCGUCUCGUGCUUUUUUCUUGUUUUUCAAGCGAAGGUCUUUUAAGGGAGUAUGUGAGGCACAGACAUUUGCUUAACCUAGCCGACUUCUGCUAGGAGCAAAGUGAACCUAGUACGUGGGCGCCUUUAAACAGUUACAAAGCAAUACUAUUACCUUCAUAUUGUUACAAUUAUGGAAUUGGUUGCAAAAAAUUGCCGUUGUGGGAAGGUAUUUAUUUACAAAGAUGCACAGGGUUUAAAUGACAGGGUUGCCAAAGCCCAGAGUUUUUCACAAAUUAGGUUAGAUGGUUAGGGUAACUCCAGUCCCUAUGAGGCAGGUACCUGUGUUCUUUCAGCAGCACUGAACCCUCUAGAGGGGAGUAAAGGCCAUGACUUCUUCAGACAGCAUUACACGCUACAGAUAUAAGUUAUCCUUAGACACAGACCUAGGAUCAACCUACAAUCCCAACAUUAACCAUUAAGAGGGAACAAUACAAAACUGGCCAUAGAUCAGUGUCUAGGGGCAUCUUCAUCCUACUCUGCUUCACAUUCACAACUACAGUAUAUACAGUAAUUGAUAAUAAAAACCUAUUGUGAGUGAUCAUACUGCCAUCACAUGACUAUAUUGGUGUAUUGUACGGUCACCUUUUGACUGACUAGGUCGUCAUUGUAAAAUAUAACUGGUUUUCAAUGACUUACCUGGCUAAACAGAGGUUAAAUAAAGUGAUACAAGUGUAAUUUUCUAAUAAAUAAGCCAUUGCAUUGCACAUUAUGAACUGUUUUUAUUUGUGUACUCUGAUGCUUUAUGUUACUAUUGUAUUGUAUCGUUAAUGGACUGAAUUCCUUAUACCCGUUAAGUUUAGACACUCCUGUAUCAUGUCUCCUUGUCUGCAUAACAAAUAGCUUAUUGGGACAAUAAAGAGCUACUCUACCCAACUCUA